ACCAUCUGUGCUCCAGACCUAUUAGCCACGGUGCUGACUUUGACCUUAGCCUAGACCCUGCUAAUAAAUGGGCCUGCUUGUGGUUUGACCCUGGCGACCUGCUGUGACCAGCCAUGCAGUUGUUCCCUUAAGCCUGUGCUUCACCAACGCAGUGUCCAGGCAUAAAAAGGCUGGACUGGAGAAAUCAUCAGCUCCGCUGGACGAGGGACCCAGAUCACCAACGCCAUGGCCUGCCCGAGUCUCGCUUGCUGCCUGCUUGGCCUACUGGCUCUGACAUCUGCCUGCUACAUCCAGAACUGUCCCCUGGGCGGCAAGAGGGCUGCCCUGGACCUCGACAUGCGCAAGCGCAGAACCACAGCACCCCAGGAGAUGCGCAGCAAUCCUCGCGCUGACCCGGGUCCACCCCCGCAGUGCCUCCCCUGCGGCCCGGGCGGCAAAGGGCGCUGCUUCGGGCCCAGCAUCUGCUGUGGGGACGAGCUGGGGUGCUUCGUGGGCACCGCCGAGGCGCUGCGCUGCCAGGAGGAGAACUACCUGCCUUCGCCCUGCCAGUCCGGCCAGAAGUCGUGCGGGAGCGGAGGCCGCUGCGCCGCCACGGGCAUCUGCUGCAGCCCGGAUGGCUGCCGCAUGGAUCCAGCCUGCGACCCUGAAUCCGCAUUCUCCGAGCGCUGAGCCCAUUUUGCAGAUACCCUCGGGACGCCAUCUUCGCUCUGCUUAGCCACGUCCAGAAGAAAUGAAAAAUAAAGCAGAUUUUCCCUCCAA